ACAGGUGGAGAGGCAAGAAAGAAUAAAUAAUGAGAUUAUAUUUAGCGGGGCCCGGUUGAAGACUACACUGAACAAAUCCCGUACUGAAAUUUCAAAAAUUAGUUAGGUACUUUCCUCUUGUGUCCGGUUUGUUGAAGUAGUAGUACGUACGAAUUUUUUGUUUCAUUUAUAUAAAAAAAAUAAUAAAUUUUUUGUGUACAUUUUUGUCUGUCAGGACGUGAACCAUUUUCAACAAACUGAAACUGUAAUAAACUUCAAAGCGAUUUGAAAUCGAGAAGUGAAUAAGUAAAUGUAAAGGAAAUUACUCGAACGGUAACGAGUAUCAAUAAUUAUACAUACACACAUCAAUUUUCGCAUGUACCCGAAAUUAAUUUCAACGAUUUGUAACCUUAAAAAAAAGACUACUCUGAUAUCAAUCAGCAGGCGAUGAGUGUUAAUGAGGAAAAAAAGAAAAACAUUUUCGUGCAACUGAAGUGAAUAAGAAAAAAAAUGAUUUCCUCUAAAAGAAAAGUGAGUGGUCAAAAUUAAAAACGGACAUCAGACACGAAAUAUCGAAACCAAGUGACAAUUUCCAAAAUUUCGUAGUGUAAAUUGAGUCUCAUCCAAGUGAAAUGUCUAUUCCCAAUCAUAAUUUCGGGUCACUACCGGGCGUUACAGUCAAAGAGGAACGUCACGAUGAGGCCGAAAUCAAUGAAAUGGCUGCAAAAAUGAAAGAGACCCAUCGACAGGCCACUGCCAAAGCAGCAGCUGCUCAAGUGGUGGCCGCCACCGGACGCGUUCCACCGGGAAUGCCAGGAACAGCAACAAACGGCCAAUCGAAUAUCAUGAACUAUUUAACACGGAAGGCGGUUCCACCGCCUCAACUGCAACAAAUUGGGAUAAUAAAUUCCCAGGAUCCGAGUAAACCAAAAAACGAUGCCACAACAGCUGACAGUGAAAAAAAGCCAGCGGACGAGGAGAGCCAAAAAGGUCGUUUCGGCUGGACGACAUUUGGAAAGACUCACAUUCCAUUCAUAUUACGACAGGCUGAAAAAUAUUGUUCUGUGCGGAUGGUCGAAUCGAAAUUGCUGAACAACUAUUUGAACAGUUUACAUGCGGAUAUCUACAGUUGUACGUGCGUUCGGAGCUAUUACAUUACAGAAGCUGAAUCUCGUCUUUUGAAUGAAAUCAAUCACAAGCACUGUGACUCGGCCUUCAGUCGUGAAAUGUUCACAUUAAAGGAUUUAGUGGUAAGACUGAGCGAUGCAACAAAGUUCUACCAGUUUCUGGACAUCUGUUAUAAGAAACUCAUAAUGGGCACAAACGGACCAUCGGAUAAAUGUGGAUUCAUUCGGAUAAACAAAGAGUCAGUUGUACCGUACACGGUACGCGAUGGUGAAAAAUUCGUUCCGUUGUUUUACUUCGAAGGUGAAACCGAAAAUUUGAAAUUGAAAGCGGAAAGCCUGUCCGGUUGGGAUUUGUCGUAUUUGAAAUUUUGUUGCAAAGUUCAAGGCAUUCGCAAUGAAUUGUUCGCUAGUGAUUCUGUGCAUGUGAUAAGCUUAGUGGACAUCAAAAGUUACUUUCCAACUGGAACAGAGUUCGAGGAUUACUGGCCGAGUAAGGUUGUUGAUCACCAACUACUGGUGUCGACGCCACGAAACAGUAAUAAUGCAAGACACUGGACCAAACAACCGCAGGCUCCACCGCCGAAACAAGUCAUUAACACCGUUUCCAAAAAUAACGUUCCUCAAGUCAGAAAACAACCUCCGGCUUAUGUUGGUGGCCUUGUGCAGGGUAGAAUGGCACCAAAUGCAACGCUAACUGCACCACAUGACAUCACUGCUGCCGCCGUUCAGGCGCUAGCAAGUAAUUGGGCGAAUAUACAGACACCAAACAGCAUUCAAUCGAAUUUGCUGACCCAACAACAAACAGACCGUGUAAUACGGCUGGCCCAACAGCAGGCCGCUCAGGCACAAGCUCAACAAGUGGCUCAGGCUCAUGCUCAACAACGAGGCUAUCCGAAUCCAACGCGAACACAAAUGCAGCACAAUGUUAUCGGCCGACAGCCGUAUACUUCAUAUAACUCAUUACCAAUGGGUCAAAUCGGGACCCAGCAACCGCAACAACCACCACCGUUAGUUCGAGCACAACCACAAAAUCAUAUGGCGAACAAUUUAAGACAACAACAACUACAGCAGCAACAACAACAACAGCAGCAGCAGCAGCAACAACAGCUUCAACAACAACACAAUCUUCAGCAACAGCAGCAGUUGCAGAAGCAGUUACAGCAACAACAGCAACAACGUCAUAUGACAAUUAAUAAUGAUCGAGCUGUAAACCAUCAAAUGGCACAUCUGCAACAGCUUCAGCAGUCCCAGGACGGUAGCACACGGCUGAAUGUCAUUCCAGAAGUGCCCGGCGGAACGGGACAUGCUCCAUACAAAGUCCAAAGAGUUCUAAUCGAUAAUGUUAUGGUGCCGUGCAUUAACAUGCAUGGCAGCCAUUACACAGAUUAUCUCAUAACAUUGCCAGAUUUGAACGAGUACUUUUUCCCGGGUAUCAGCUUAGACACCUGCAAAAGAGUCCUAGAAGUGCUUGGUGUCAAAUUGUACAAAGGAAAUCGAUUACAGUGUCAAACGCUUCGUGAAAAUGGAAACCACCAUUUAGAUAGUAAUGUUCCUCUAGUGCAAGUACGUGAUGUUAUGCAGUAUAUGCCACAAUUGUCAUAUAUGGUGCGAGCCCAUUCCGAGCAACCUUCAACAAAACGUCCGCGCAUCAGCUAGGAAACGGGGUUGGGGGCAUCGUCUGACGAAUGCUCCCUCGCACCGGCUGUUUCUAUGAAUAUCAAACACGACGAAUCAGAUUUAGAACACCAAAAUCGACCCAAUCCAUGGUAUCCGCAAAGUUUAACCUCCAGUGCAAUAGCAAUUGCCAACCAACAAGAACGAAACUAUUUACAACCGUUCCCGUCGCCAACCAUACCCAAAGACAGCAAAGCGUCCCUAUCAUCGUCGUGUCGAUAUUCGCAAGAAAAACCAACCAGCGAACCGUUUGUUAAAUUCGCUAGCACCAAUCCAGAAACAGCCCGUCAACAAACAACACCAUUUUCCAUUAUGGAUCCGGUCUCGAUCAGUCCACACCAAGUGCAAUCACAUCCCAUACAAACGAACAACGGAAUAUUCGGUACCCAUUUCAAUCCGCUCGGCUACCAUAUGCCCUUACAUCAAGCGCUGAAUUUUGAUAGUCAGGCCAGAAGUAGUGCAUUACCAUCGCCAACCAUUUACCCACCUACUCCGCCACCGUCUGCUUCGUGGAUUCAUCCAUGGUUUAUCGGCGAUAGUUUUUAAAACACGAAAUUCACACUUUACCAAGUUAGUAAAAAAGAAAAGAAAAACUUUUUCAGAAAAUUAAAAGAAAUGUUUUGCGCAUCCUUGAGAACUAACCAAAUGAUAAAAUUAACAAAACAAAAAAUAUUUUACGUUCAUUGUGAAUGGAACGUAUGUGCAUCAAAUACUUAAAAGUAUUAAACAUAUGUAAUGAAAUUGACUGAUAAAAUUAUCAAAAGAAAAUCGCAAGACAAACAAAAAGUUGUUUAGUUAACUCAGCGUGUUGAGCCCGUCGAUCCCGAUCGAUUGGAUUGAUAGAAGUGUUUUGUUUUAAUGUUAAGUAAAAACAACUCCGAAACGGUGUCAUUGAGCUUUGCCUUGCGGAAGGAUUAGUUCACUUUUUUUGUUCCUAAAAUAAAAACAACUCGUCGUACUAUACAAUUAUAAAAGCGGCCCAUGUAUAAAAAGAAAUCAUUUAAUUUAUUAAUUUAUUUAUCUGUCACGCUAAAAAGACAAAAAAAAAUGUUAGAACGGUCGUUUUGCAGAGCCACGUAAUCAUAUUUUUUGUAACGAAUCAGGACUAGAUUCUGUAUGGAAGGUAACACAUCAGCGCCUCACUUACAGUAAAUUUUCAUUGUUACUUUCCUUAAUGCGAGCCCCCAAUUCCCUUAAUAAUUAGCGACAAAUUACGAAUAAUUUUUUUUUGUUUUAUUUUUAUACUACGAGUAAAAUUUAGACACAUUUAAUAUACGAACAAGUAUGUGAUCGUUAAGUUUAAUUAAAUAAAUUAAUUAAAAAGA